CUUACUGCAUGGGCAGAAUGUUCAUGUAACCAGAAUAGUGAAGGUGAGAAAAGGAAGACGUUUUGCCUCUGAAGAUACAAGCCAGCCAAAAUUAGCUUAAGAAAUCCGUGUGAAGGGUUUUUAUUUUGAAGGGGAUGUUUUACUUCUAGCACUGGAAGCAAACAUAAAGAAAGAAAAAUGGAUUCCUUUAUUUGGCCAUCAGAAACUCACAGCUUUCGACGUUUUACCCCUGAGUCCUUGGCAGCGAUCAAGGACAGAAUUGCUGAGAAAAAAGAGCAGCAAGCCAAAGUUGACCAGGAGAAUAAAGACAAAGGAGUUGAAGAAGACAAACUUAAUCCUCAGCUUGAUCUGAAAACCUGCAAAAAACUGCCAUCUCUGUAUGGGGAUGUUCCUGCGGAGCUCAUUGGGGAACCCCUGGAAGAUUUUGAUCCAUACUACAGUGAUCACCAGACUUUUAUGGUGAUAAAUAAAAGGAGGACUAUUUUCCGUUUUACUGCCACACCUGCCUUGUGUAUAUUUGGUCCUUUUAAUCCAGUCAGAAAAGCAGCAAUUAAAAUUAUCAUCCAUUCAUUAUUUGUUGGCUUUAUUACAUGUACUGUGGUGCUCAAUUGUGUUUCCAUGGCUGUGAAUAAGCUUCCAGAUGCACUCAACUGGGCUGAAUAUCUUUUUACUGCCAUAUACACUGGUGAAAUAUUAAUAAAAGUAUUAGCAAGAGGACUUUUUUGGAAUGAAUUUACCUUUCUUCGAGAUCCGUGGAACUGCUUGGAUCUUUUUGUUAUUGUCGUAACGUAUGUUACUAUUUAUGAAGGUCCGGGCAAGGUCGCAGCUCUUCGAACUUUCAGAGUACUGAGGACUUUGAAAGCUAUUUCAGUAAUACCAGGUCUGAAAGUCAUCGUAAAUUCACUUAUUGAAUCCGUUAAGAAACUUACUGAUGUAUUGAUUUUGACUGUUUUUUGCUUGAGUAUAUUUGCCCUAAUAGGCCUUCAGCUUUUUAUGGGCAAUUUAACAGCCAAAUGUGUCCUCAAUAAUACAAUAUACAAUGAAACGUUGUGUAAGGAUGCCAAGAUAUAUUUACCAAGCGAGGAAGAUAUCUGCUACAGAAUUAAUAACUCUUCUGAAAUAUUGCUCUGUGGAUUCAGUUCAGAUCCUGACACUGAGUGCCCAACAAACUAUAGAUGCCAGAAGAUUGGGAAAAAUCCUGACUUUGGUUAUACAAGUUUUGACCAUUUUGGCUGGGCCUUCCUUUCUUUGUUCCGUCUGAUGACACAGGAUUACUGGGAGCGUCUCUACAGACAAACUAUCCGGACAUCUGGAAAGAACUACAUUUUAUUUUUUCUGGGGGUCAUCUUUUUAUGCUCAUUUUAUCUCUUCAAUCUGAUCUUGGCUGUAGUAACUAUGGCAUAUGAAGAGCAAAACAGAUCUACUCUUGCUGAAACAGAGGCAAAGGAAAAAUUACUUCAGGAUGCUCAACAAAUUCUAGAGAAUGAACAGAUAUUGGCUGCUAGAGAGAGUAAUAACGCCUUACAUGUCAUAUCUGAAAUGUCAGUUACUGACUUGAAAAAUUUAAAAGGAAAAGAGAUGAAAGAACAACCGAUUUUACAACAAAGCUUAAUUUUAGGUGAUUGUGGCAAAGACGAGACUAUAUUUAAUUCACAGCCUGAUCGCAGCCACAAGAAGCUUAGGCAGAUACUGCUCUCCUAUGAAUUGUCAAUGGAUGCUAUUAAAGAUCCUUUUCGAAGACAGAGGUUAAUGAGUGCAGCCACUGUUAUUACAGAUAAUUUGCAACUGCAGGAGUCAAAAAUGAAAUGCCCCACAUUUUGGAAACGUUUUGCUCGAAAGUAUCUAAUUUGGAAUUGUUGUCCCUUCUGGAGAGCAGUCAAAGACAAGGUGAAAUUGGUAAUUUUGGAUCCAUUUGCUGAUCUCUUAAUCAUGGUUUGCAUUAUUGUGAAUACCUUCUUCAUGGCUCUGGAGUACCCUGACAUGCCAAAGAGUUACCGACGAAUGAUUUGUAUAAGUGACAAGGUCUUCACCCUGAUUUUUACAGCAGAAAUGAUCUUGAAAAUCAUCGCUCUAGAUCCUUACAACUAUUUUCAACAAAAAUGGAAUAUUUUUGAUAGCGUAGUUGUUAUGAUUGGCCUAAUAAGCUUUGAAGCAAAUCUGUCAUAUUUCAGGCUGCUCAGGAUCUUCAAAUUGGCAAAGUCCUGGCCAGCAUUAAAUACUCUUAUGAAAAUAAUUCUAAACUCAGUUGGUGCUCUGGGUAACCUCACUCUGGUUUUGAUUAUCACUGUAUUUAUUUUUGCUGUAGUAGGAAAGCAGGUUUUGGGCAGUUAUUAUGAGGAACGUUGGUGUAAGAUAAGCACCAGUAAGAAUUUACGCUGGCAUAUGAAGGAUUUUUGUCAUUCAUUUCUGAUUAUAUUCCGAAUAUUAUGUGGAGAAUGGAUUGAAACCAUGUGGGAAUGUAUGGAAGUGGCUGGAAAAGAGCUAUGUCUUCCCAUUUUCUUGCUAGUCCUGCUGAUAGGAAACCUGGUGGUGCUCAACCUGUUCAUUGCCUUGCUGCUGAGUUCAUUCAGUACAGACUCCUCUGGGGGACAAGAAGAUCCUGGACGAAUGACUAAAUGUCAGAUUGCCAUUGCACAGAUUCGCAAGGGCCUGCAGUCUGUGAAAGACAAAAUUUGGGACCGUUGUGGCAAAAUAAUGAAACGAAGCCUCAAAACAACAGCCAAAAAGAAGACUUUGGUGAAAGUUUCUACCAAAGACAUAGAGGAAAAUAACUAUGCCAUGACAGAUGUCAGAAAGGAUGUAGACAACUGUUGGUUUGACAGUGGGUGUUACAAGACUGAAGAGAAUUACCCAGUAACAAGGAAAUAUGAAGAAUUUUUAAGCAGUCAUAGGACCUGUGCUCCCAUUGCUAUAUCAGAGACUUACACUGAUGAAGGUGAUGAUGAGCACAGUGUAUGCGCAGAAAUAGAACACAGAAAACAGAAAUGUGAUGUCAGUAGCUGUUCUGAAGCCAGCACUGUGGAUCCAGUUAUUCUUCUGGAGAUGUUUCCCCAGCCUAAAAAGUCACACCUUCCAAAGGACUGUUUCGGAGAAAGUUGCGUUGAAUGUUUCCCAUGCUGUAUAGUGGAUACCACUGAGUUUCCAGGCAGAACUUGGUGGAAAUUUAGAAAAACCUGCUACCGAAUUGUAAAACACAGCUGGUUUGAAAAUUUUAUAAUUUUUAUGAUAAUUUUGAGCAGUGCUGCUCUGGCAUUUGAAGAUAUUCACCUAAAGAACAGAAAAAAUGUGAAAAUGAUCCUAGAGUAUGCUGAUAUAAUAUUUACCUACAUCUUUUUUAUGGAGAUGCUUCUGAAAUGGGUAGCUUAUGGUUUGCACAGUUAUUUCACAAACGCCUGGUGUUGGGUUGACUUCAUCAUUGUAUGUCUGUCAUUUGCUUCCUGGGGACUAAAUAAUGUUUCUGAGGCCACAUCAGUUUGUCCCGCUGGGGCUGCACUGAAAUCUCUCAGGAGUCUUAGAGCGUUGAGGCCUCUACGAGCUUUGUCAAGAUUUGAAGGGAUAAAGGUUGUUGUGAAUGCACUCUUGGGAGCUAUCCCCUCAAUCUUGAAUGUUUUGCUCGUCUGUAUUGUCUUCUGGCUCCUAUUUAACAUUGCAGGAGUACAAUUAUUUGGAAAAAAAUUUUCAAAAUGCACACUCGAGAAAGGAAAUAUCAGUCUCAUUGAUAACAUCACAGAUUGUUUUUUGUAUAAUGGAACAUGGACAACUAAUGAUGUAAACUUUGAUGAUGUUGGGAUGGGAUACUUGGCUCUUCUUGAAGUGGCAACUUUUAAAGGUUGGAUGGAUAUUAUGUAUGCAGCAGUGGAUUCACGAAAGAUAAAUGAACAGCCAAAGUUUGAAGCCUUCUUAGCCAUGUACACGUAUUUCGUGAUUUUCAUUAUUUUCGGAUCUUUCUUCAUGCUGAACCUUUUCAUUGGAGUGGUUAUCAGCAAUUUUAACCAACAAAGGAAAAAGAUAAGUGGAAAAGAUCUAUUUCUGACUGAGGAACAGAAAAAAUACUAUAACGCUCUAAAAAAACUGGGAUCCAAGAAACCCCAAAAACCCAUCCCAAGACCAUUGAAUGUGUUCCAGGGAUUACUCUUUGACAUAGUAUCGCACAAAACCUUUGACGUUACUGUUGUGACAUUAAUCUGUCUAAAUAUGAUCGUUAUGAUGGCAGAAAGUAACCAGGAUGGCAUCAAGGAUGUUCUUAAUAAAAUCAACUUUUUUUUUGUGGCGGUAUUUACUGGGGAAUGUGUCAUAAAAAUACUAGCCUUAAGACAUUACUUCUUCACCAGUGGCUGGAACUUAUUUGAUUUAGCUGUUGUGGUCCUUUCACUAGUUAGUAUUGGACUUUCUGAAGCCUUUCAGACUUCGUUCUCUCCUACAAUUUUGAGAAUAUUUCGUUUGGCACGAAUUGGCCGAAUCCUGAGAUUAAUUCGAAAAGCUAGAGGAAUCAGAACUCUUCUUUUUGCGUUACUGAUGUCUCUUCCUGCUCUGUUCAACAUCGGUCUUUUGCUUUUCCUGGUUAUGUUCAUUUUUGCCAUUGUGGGCAUGACAAACUUUGCCUGUGUUGCCUGGGAAGGUGGGAUUGAUAACCUUUUUAACUUUCAAACCUUUGAUAGCAGCAUGCUUUGUCUCUUCCAAAUUACGACAUCAGCUGGCUGGGAUGGUCUUCUGGUGCCUCUGUUAAGAAGUUCUAAUUCAUGUGCUCCCAACUUAAAUAUAACAAAUGAGGAGAGAAAUACUUGCACAAACAAGGCGGUUGGUAUUUUAUUUUUUGUAAGCUAUGUCAUUAUAUCCUUUCUCAUUGUUGUAAAUAUGUACAUAGCUGUCAUUUUAGAGAACUUCAGUGUUGCCACUGAAGAGAGCACAGAUCCGCUUUGUGAGGAUGACUUUGAUAUGUUUUAUGAGACCUGGGGAAAUUUUGAUCCUCAGGCAACACAGUUUAUUGAAUAUUCUGCUCUUUCAGACUUCGCAGAUGCUCUGGCAGAACCCUUGCGCAUUCCAAAGCCUAAUAAAAUCCAGCUCAUAUCCAUGGACCUCCCUAUAGUUAGUGGAGAUAAGAUCCACUGCUUGGAUAUCUUGCUUGCUUUCACUAAAAGGGUCUUGGGAGAAUCUGGAGAUAUGGAUGGUCUUGAGGUACACAUGGAAGAAAAAUUUACGGCUGCCAAUCCAUCUAAAGUUUCUUACAAGCCGAUUACCACUACACUUAAGAGAAAACAAGAAGAGGUAUCUGCUCUUGUUAUCCAGAGGGCCUUCAGGAGGUAUUUGAUGCAGCGUUCUUUUAAAACUAAAUCAUUCUUAUACCGUCAUAACCAUUGUAACAGUGCUGUCUUUGAAGAAGAAAUACAUGAGAAGGAAAGGCUUAUUUCAUUGAUGCUUAAUGAAAACAAUGGUAGGAAGCUUGAUAAAUCACUGACUGUAUCUUCUAUAUCUCUCCCUUUAUUUUAUGAUGGUAUUGCUAAAACAGAUAGUGAUAAUGUGAACACAUAAGCUUGCCCCAGGCUGCAGCAUUUUUGAUUAAAGCAAUACCAGUUAUUUUGAGAUAGAGAAACUAUUUUGAUCCCAAAGCAUAAUACUCUAUAUAUAGAAUAAUGAUGACCCUUUUAGACCCUUUUGUGACUC